AUGUCACAAGGCCAUGUGAAAGGAGACAGGUUGGCUUUGGUGCUUUCUGUUCUUAUUGGUCAGAAUCACAUGUGAUCAUUGGUCAAUGUUUGCCUCUUUUCCCCAUCAUAGCCCUCUAUUUCUAUAGGAGUUUGAGAAGUUGGGGGCAUUGGGGUAAAAUCCUCUUUCAGCAUGUGGCCAUUUUGCAACUCCCAGUGUCAGCUGCCAUACUUUACAGCAGCAAGCUGUAAUGUAAAAACUAAAAACGUGCCCUUUUUUAAGGGUCCUCUGUGGCUCUCUCAAGUAUCAGGUAGAUUUGGGAGAGGAAAGAGGCAAAAAAGUGGCGGUGAAGCUAUUAUGGCGGUUCCUGAAAGCUUGAGAUUCCAUUUUCUUCAUCAACUUGUGAUUCUAUUGCAGAUCCAUAGUGUAAUCUGCUACCAGUACAAAGUUGGAGAUUUGGAUUCAUGGGGUGUCCCCACUUCAGCAAAUCCACAGAUCUACACGCAUUGGUCCAAAUAUCACUCUCUCAAGAUUGGGGAUUCUCUGUUGUUCUUGUACCCACCAAGCCAAGAUUCAGUGAUUCAAGUGACGAAAGAAUCUUACAACAGCUGCAACCUCAAGGAUCCAAUCCUGUCCAUGAACGAUGGCAACUCUGUUUUCAACAUCACUGAUUAUGGGGAGUGGUUCUUCACCAGUGGAGUUGCUGGCCACUGUGAGAAGAAACAGAAGCUUCAUAUUUCUGUGCUUUCUGGGAAUGCUUCUUCUUCUGCAAACGCUCCCUCUUCUGAUGGCGCUCUCCCCGAGAUCUCUCCCUCUUACCCCACAGUUUUUGGCGGAAUCCCAGCGGCUCCCAACGCCAGUUCUUCCUCGCCAACAAGAAGCUUUUUUUCACCAACUUUCAUUGGAGCUUUUGCUGGACUUUUGAUUUUGAUCGGAUGAGUUCAAGGUCGAGAUUUUAUCAAGUUACAGAUGGGAAAGGAAUUCUUUUUCACAAUCUUCAUAUCCUUAUACUUGUGUUUUUAGAUGAAUAUUAAUUCGUAUGAUGCUUUUGCUCUUGCUUUUGCUUUUUGGCUCCGAUUUUCACGUAAAGAGGGAAUUUUAUGUUUCGACACACUCUCACGCCGCCCCAUAGUUUUGGUCUUCAAAUGCAUAGGCGAGCCAGCUAUGUCCAAAUGCGAAUCUCAGCUGUUUCCAUAUAUAAUCUAAGUUAAAUUAAUUUUGCGUCUAA